CUCAGUGAUUUCAUAAAAGAGUGAAAAGAGUGCUGAGGCUAGGCAAGAUCUAUCUACAGAAAAAUAAAUCCACCGUCAAUGGCGAAAUCGAUCUCGAGCCCGGUUCCAGAUGUAUGGUACCCAACUCUAUCUGUUUUCAUGCUCUGCAUUGGGCUUUUUGUUACCGCCUCUUUCUUCAUCUAUGAAGCUACCUCCUCCACGAAGAAUCGUAGUCUUGCAAAGGAGCUCACGACUGGAGCAGUGGCAUCUGUCUUCUUGGGUUUCGGAUCCUUGUUCUUGCUGCUUUCUUCUGGCAUUUAUGUUUGAUUAAUUGAAUAGAUUUUGUUGAACAAACUUCCUUCAUAUGGUUACUUUUUUGACAUUCUGAGGAUAACUUGAUUUCUGGGCAACAGGGACAAAUGCAAUUUGCAAGGCAAAGUGUGCCAAUGACACUGAUAUGAAUAUUAGAGAAAUAACAAGUAUUUAUAAUCAAAGCAUGUUCUAAAUUUUGAUUUCUUA